AUGAACGGCUUCAUCGUCGUGUUGUCGGUGCUGUGCCUUAUCGUGGCCGCUGGCGCCAAGGAACAGUGCCUCACCGUGCGAGGCAAGGUCUCGUGCAAAGGCAUCAAGGGCGCCUCGAAUCCGGUGUUGAUCAAACUGGUCGAUAGGGACAGGGGUAGUAGAUCCGAUGACCUGAUGGACGAAGGCCCGGCCAGCAAGAACGGACACUUCCAGCUGCACGGUUGCGCGUCGGACCCGAUCGGUGACAUCGAUCCGGAAUUGCACAUCUACCACAUGUGCAAGGGUGACGGCCGUGAGCUGCGCCUGGUCAUCCCUCCGACGGCGCUGAAAGCGAAGGAUUACACGGUAGACCACACGAUAGACCUUAACGCGGACAGUAAGGACGAAAAGAAGGUCAAAUACCCGGUGAAGAAGUGCUCUGAGGUUCAGAAAAGCUCCACCGGUAAGCCUCCCAAACGGUCGAAGCGACAAAUCGAUUGA